AUGCCCCCCAGGUCUCUCCCCAACCUCUCCUUUCCCACCGAGGCGAAUGAAAGCGAGUUGGUUCCGGAGGUCUGGGAGAAGGAUUUCCUGCCUGACUCAGAUGGGACCACCGCGGAGUUGGUGAUCCGCUGUGUGAUACCAUCCCUCUACCUAAUCAUCAUCUCGGUGGGUUUGCUGGGCAACAUCAUGCUGGUGAAGAUAUUCCUCACCAACAGCGCCAUGCGGAGUGUCCCCAACAUCUUCAUCUCUAACCUGGCGGCUGGGGACCUGCUGCUGCUGCUGACCUGCGUCCCAGUGGACGCCUCCCGUUACUUCUUUGAUGAAUGGGUGUUUGGCAAGCUGGGCUGCAAACUCAUCCCGGCCAUCCAGCUCACUUCGGUGGGGGUUUCCGUGUUCACUCUCACUGCCCUCAGCGCUGACAGGUACAGAGCUAUCGUGAACCCUAUGGACAUGCAGACGUCUGGUGUAGUGCUGUGGACCAGUUUGAAGGCCGUGGGCAUCUGGGUGGUUUCUGUGUUGUUGGCAGUCCCUGAAGCUGUGUUUUCAGAAGUAGCACGCAUUGGUAGCUCGGAUAACACCAGUUUCACAGCAUGCAUACCCUACCCACAAACAGAUGAGCUACAUCCAAAGAUUCAUUCAGUGCUCAUUUUUCUUGUGUAUUUCCUCAUACCACUCGCUAUCAUCAGCAUUUAUUAUUAUCAUAUUGCAAAGACUUUAAUCAAAAGUGCACACAAUCUUCCUGGAGAAUACAAUGAACAUACCAAAAAACAGAUGGAGACACGGAAACGCCUGGCUAAGAUUGUUCUGGUGUUUGUGGGCUGCUUCGUCUUUUGCUGGUUUCCCAACCACGUCCUCUACUUGUAUAGGUCUUUCAACUACAAGGAGAUAGAUCCUUCUCUCGGGCACAUGAUUGUCACCUUAGUGGCCCGGGUUCUGAGUUUCAGCAAUUCCUGUGUCAAUCCCUUUGCCCUUUACCUGCUCAGCGAAAGCUUCCGGAAGCACUUCAACAGCCAGCUCUGUUGCGGGCGAAAGUCCUACCCCGAGAGGUCUACCAGUUACCUCCUCAGCUCUUCAGCUGUAAGAAUGACUUCCUUGAAAAGCAACACAAAGAAUGUGGUGACCAAUUCUGUUCUGCUCAACGGACAUAGCACAAAGCAAGAAAUAGCAUUGUGA